AUGACCGCUCACGUCCUCAUCCUCGGCGGCCACGGCCAGAUCGCGCAGCUGCUCACGCCGCUGCUGCUGCGGCGCUCGUGGACCGUCACCAGCCUCAUCCGCGCCCCCGAGCAGGUCCCGGCCAUUGAGAAGCUCGGCGCCGGCCUGCCCGGCAAGCUGAACGUCCUCGUCCGCAGCAUCGACGCCGUCGACUCCGCCGAACGCGCGGGAGAAAUUCUCGACGAGGUCAAGCCGCAGUACGUGGCCUGGAGCGCCGGAGCUGGGGGCAAGGGUGGUCCUGAGAUGACCUUCAAGGUCGACCGCGACGCCGCAGUCCACUUCAUCCACGCCUCCGCCUCCCGUCCCUCCAUCACCCGCUUUCUCCUCGUCUCCUAUUCCGGCUCCCGCCGCGCCGGCGCCUCCUGGUGGCCCGCAGGCGAGUGGGACGACUACAACAAGUCCGUCAACCAGGGCGUUCUGGCAACCUACUACAAGGCCAAGAUUAUCGCUGACGAGGCCCUGUACGAGGCCUCCAGGAAGAGUGCCUCCCUCGUCGGCAUCUGCCUCCGCCCCGGUACCCUGACGGGUGAGCCUGCUGGAAAGGUGGAGCUGGGCAAGACGGCACACGUCAAAGGGGGUGUCAGCAGGGCGUCCGUGGCGGAGACGGUGGCGGCGCUGCUCGGGGCCGAUGGAGUCAAGAACUGCUGGCUGGAUCUGCUCGACGGAGGUGAGGACGUCAACACGGCCGUCAAACGAGCUGUCGAGGCUGGCAUCGAUGCUUCUGAAGGAGAGUCGGUCCAUGGAUCCUAG